AUGGGGUUGAAGAAGGGCUCUGCUGCUGCUGCAGCAGCAGCAGCAGCAACACAGCAGCAGCAGCAGCAGCAGCAGCUGCAGCAGCAGGACAUCUUGGGCUGCAGCCGUGCGGAAGGCUUACAAAGCAGCAGCGACACAAUCGACUUGCGCAGCAGCAGCAGCAGCAGCAGCAGCAGCAACUGCUGCUGCAGCAGCAGCAGCAGGCUCUGGUGGUGCGCAGCAGCACUGGGGCUUCUUGCUGUUGCUGCUGGCUUUGCUGUUUGUGUAGCAGCAGCAGCACUGCAGCAGCUGCAGCAGCACUUUUCUCUUUGCGGCUCUCACUUUGCAUGCGCAGAAAAAGGGGCUUUUGUUGCAGUUCUAGCCCCAGGAGCAGCAGCGGGGAGCCUUUUUGGGGGUUUUGUGGCGGACACUGUGGGCCGCUGGCGUUCUCUUCUGUGGAGCUCUUUGGGGCUUUUGUUGGCCACAGCUCUUACAGUUUUGCCCAACAACUACUCCCUGGUGCUGCUGGGCCGCGCGCUGCAAGGGGUGUUUAUGGCGGUGGGGUUGGUCUCGAGUUUCACUUUUGCUGCUGAAGUGGCUCCCAAGGAUUUGCGGGGGUGUUUUGUGGCGCUGCAGGAAGUGCUGCACUGCAUAGGCUGCUUUCUGCCCUACUUUGUUGCCUGGGCUUUCCCGGAGUUGCAGUGGAGAGGACUUGUGGGCAUUGCAGCAUUAUUUGUUUCGAUGAUGAUACUUUGCAUGCCCUUCCUGCCGGAAAGCCCUCGCUAUUUGCUGCUGCGCCACAAAGCAGCAGCAGCAGAAAGGGCAAUGGUGCGUUUGGGGUAUUCGGAGCAGCAGCGGCAGCAGCUGCUGCAGAGUGUGCAGCAGCAGCAGCAGCAGCAGGAGCAGCAGCAGCAGCAGCAGCAGCAGGAGCAGCAGCAGCAGCAGCAGCAGCUGCAGCAGCAGGACACGGAGGACUUGGAGACGGAAGCAGCCUUUCCCCUGCCCCCUUCGGUGCCGGCCGCAGCCCCCUCUCCAGCAGCAGCAGCAGCAGCAGCAGCAGCAGCAGCAGCAGCAGCAGCAGCAGCAGCAGCAGCAGCAAAGCCGAAGAAGGCCCGCCCCGCGUGGCUGGCGCUGCUGCUUGCUGCAGCCCUCGGCUGCAUGCACAGCCUGCUGGCAGCAAAUAGUCUGAUAGUUUUAACUUCUGAUUUGCUGCUGAUUUUUGGGGUUUGCGACAACAAAGGGCCCGCCGCUGCAGUCAGCAUGGCCAAGCUGCUGGGGGCUAUAGUCUGUUUGUUAAUUGCUGAUCGCGUGGGGCGCCGCGUGCUGCUGUUGGUGCUUGGCUUUGUGCGGCGCCAGCUGCUGCCGGAGAGUUUGCUGCAGCAGUGCACAGCUCCUGCUGCUGCUGCUGCUGCUGCUGCUGCUGCUGCUUACACGCCUGAGGAGCUUUUUGCUGCAGCAGCAACUAGCGCCUGCAGCAGCUUCUUGCUGCUGAUGAUGAUUCUUAUAUGGGGCGCUACCUGGGCCUGCAUGGCCACAGUUGUUGCUGCAGAGCUUUCCCCGCCGCGCCACCGCGCCUUCGGGGUUGGCGUCGCUGGAGCAGCAGGUUCUGUUUUAGCAGCAGUUUUCCAGCUUUAUGGAGAGCCUUUGUUGGUUUAUAUUGGCAUUGACAUCAGCUUCCUCAUCUUUGCUGCUCUCUCAGCUUCAGUUUUUAUUUUUACAUUUUUUUUGGUGCCGGAGCUUAGAGGGAAAGAAUUGCAUUCUGCGCCUGCGAGGGUUCUCCAGCAGCAAAUGCAGCAGCAACUACAGCAGCAGCAGCAGCAGCGGCAAUUGCUGCAGCAGCAAUAUUUGCUGCAGGAGCAACAGUUGCUGCAGCAGCAAGUGCAGCAGCCGCAGCAGCAAGUGCUACAGCAGCAGCAAUUGCUGCAGUCGCGAAGAUUGCUGCAGCAGCAGCAGCAGCAACAGUAUUUGAGUGUUUGA